ACAGGCAGCAGAAAGCUAAUGACGUGUUGCGCAUGCUCGAGCUGAGACGUAUAGCUGCAAGGAAAAGUGUGAGGCACAAUGGAAUAAACAACGGCAGGAAGAGCUGUAUAAAUGUAUAUUAUUCUGAAAAGAAGCAGCUCAGAGUCAGUUAAACUCUGUAUACGCUGAGGCUUUGAUGAAGUGAAUUCUACAAGGCUGCAGUGUGUUAACCUGCCACAAAUUUAGGAUUAUCACCAUAUCACUUGUGGGUGUGGGGGGUGUGUUAUGCUGGAGGUCCUGCUACAUCUAAUUUGAUUCAACAUGGAAAGAACUACUUCAUGAUAGUGUCACAUGGACAGCUCACAAAGGAGACACGAGGGCUGAUUAAAACAAAUAUUUACCUUCUACUUUUUUCAUUUUUUGUUGUUUCAAUCAAAACACUGAACUGGCUUCAAUUUUCUUACUGUGGCCACCUUCCCCUCCCCUUGCCACACACCUGGAGCAACUAAGUGGUUGCUGUGGAGAUGACAGCACUGGCGUAGUAGCACGGGGAUGGGGAGUACACCAUGUUCUGGUAAGGGGAGGGGGGUUGGUGGGUUUCAGGAGUUGGGCUGUAUGCCAUGGAAGGUAAGCAAGCAGAAAGGUGGUGCUGUUGGAGGUGCAUUUGCCCCUGAGCCAGAUGAAGGGCCAAAUGCCAAAAUCUCUCCUUCGUCAUUACAACCCCCUGUCAUCUACCAUGAGAAACAGCAUCGAGAGUUGUGUGCUCUUCAUGCACUAAAUAAUGUCUUCCAGGAUGGUGCUGCUUUCAGCAAAGAGACGCUUCAAGAAAUCUGUCAGAGACUCUCCCCUAGCACUUUGGUAACCCCUCACAAGAAGAAUAUGCUGGGUAAUGGCAACUAUGAUGUGAAUGUCAUCAUGGCUGCAUUGCAGACUCGUGGGUAUGAAGCUGUUUGGUGGGAUAAAAGAAGGGAUGUUUGCAGUAUUUCGCUGCCAAAUGUAACAGGCUUUAUUUUAAAUGUGCCAUCCAACCUUCGCUGGGGGCCUCUGCGUCUGCCACUUAAACGGCAGCACUGGAUUGGUGUGAGGGAGGUGGGUGGAGUCUACUAUAACUUGGACUCCAAACUACGCAGUCCUCAUGCCAUUGGAACAGCUGAUGAGCUCAGGAAGUUCUUGUGUCACCAGCUUCGUGGCAAGAACUGUGAACUCCUGUUGGUUGUGUCAGAAGAAGUGGAGGCCCAUCAGACAUGGAGGUCUGAGAACGUUUAAACCUUUCCCAUAGCUUUCUUGCAUUUUCCAGCUUAUGCUCAGGAGGACAUGUAUGGUUCAAUCAGGGAACCAAAUAAGUGCAAAGGAAAUUGCACUCAAUAAGUCACAAAAGCACACUGGUGAGACGUUUUGUUUACACACACAAACACAAAAUGCUGGACUUGAACUUAAACUGAAAAGGACAUCAAACAGGGAUAUCACUGAAAAUAACACUACGCUGGUCUAUAGGCAAUUUAUUUAGUCUUUGGGAUUUUAUUGAAUUUUUUGUCAGCCCUGUCCUUUCAUGCUGUCUUGAUAUCAACAUGAGACCUAUCAGAUUCAGUGAUGCAUUCUUCGUAUAUGUUACCGUACCAAUGUCACUUUAUCUGUGACCCAUUAUGUCUGUGUGAUUGUAUAACUUAUGUGUUACACUUUAGCCUGGCCUCACAGUGGACGAUUUGCAAAAGAAAUAUCAGUACCAUUGCUUGACUGGUCUGUGUUCCUUAAUGUAGCAAGUAAAGGACGAGUAUCUAAAGCAGUACAGCAUGGCACAGUAAUAACUAGGUGUUUCAUAUUUAUUUCUGAAUAAUUCUUUGGAAGAAAUGUUAUUAUUUUUAUU